GUCGUUAGAGUUCACGGACAGAUCGGUAUUCCAAAAGUUUAUGCAUAUCAUCGUGUUUGAAUCGACAGAAACAUUUUUUCAUUGCUCAUGUGUGACGUGACAAAAAGGAGUUUAUUAUAUCAAGUUGUAAAAAUGAUCGAAAUCUCAUUCGACGUGAUAUCUGUUUAACGAAAUUUAUCAGGCAAAUGAUUGUUUUGAAACAGACAAUUCAGUAUGUAACGAAUUCUAUCUAUUUUUAGUUGUCGCUUACGUGAUUUUGUAAUGUCAUUUCUUCGGUAUUAAUUUCAUUAUCAGCAGUGGAUUAAUUAAUUGGACACAAUGCAGUUCAAAAUAGAUUGCAAACUUCUGUUGUUGACAUUUAUCGUGUCUUUUAAUUGUAAUAUUGGUAAUACAUCUGUAUUAAAUUGGAUAUGGAAAACAAGCACAGAGGAUGCAAAUGUCGUGGUUGCCGAUGGUGUACCUUUGAUCUCAAUUCCUUACGAAAUGAUGACAGAUGAUGAGAAAUUCCUUCAAGAAGCUGCCAAGUUCACGGAUAUUCAGUUGUCCUCUCCAUUGGAAAUCUGUCAGCAUAAAGUCAUCAUGAAGAUCAAAACCUCCUGUUUCGAUAUAACAGAAGAAGAGUUGGCCAAGUUGAGUGUCAACCUUCUUAAUUGUCAAGCAGCAGUUGAGGGGAGAAAAACCUUUCCUUGUACUGAAGAAAUGUCUCUUAAGCAGUGUACAACGGAUAUGGAUGCUAACAUGUGGAAUGCGUACCAUCUAAUGAGUAACAGAGCAAGAGCAGUUUGUUAUGCGGCUCGGAAUACACAAUUUCGUGCUCUUACAGAGUUGACUGUCAACAAGUUGAUGCAGUCAGCGCAUUCUCAAAUUCAAACACUGACCUCCUUGAAGGAAAGUCAAAAUCGUUUGGAGGAACAAACAACAGAGGCUUUGUCAUCGUUAACUGAAGGAAACAAGGCGCUGCUGGAACAGCAACAGUAUUUAAAAGACGCCCAAGUAACAGCCCAUAAGCUUGUAACAACGAAUCUCAGAGAAUUGAACAAUGAAAAAGCGUUAAUACGAUCCGGACACGCUCAACUCGCAGCUAUGGCGGAAGAUAUAAAGAAUAAAUUAGAAAACGCACAUAAGGAUCUCGAGCAGCAAGCUAUGGAGCGAGGAGAGAAUCACCAGGAAGUAUUACGAGACUUAAUCAACAUACAAGAACAGACUCAAUCGAUCUUGGAGAAAAUUGAAAUCAGCACUAAUCGCAUAGUGGAGCAACACGAGGAUACUAUCGUGCAAUACGAACAAACGAUGCAGAAGCUCAUGCAAAUUAACGAUACUAUUCAAUAUAUCUGGAAUCUCUCUAAUACAAUGCGCGCAGAAAUAGACCAGAAGCUGGAGUGGAUUACUGAUUACAUUGGAGAUACCGGUGAACGAGUACAGAAAGUAUAUCGCAUAUUUUUACAUGUAAUAUACAUAUUAGUGGCGAUGAUAGUCGCCGCGUUUUUACAAAUGCCGUUUUUAACGAGAGCUUCCAUCAUGGGAAUUGUACCGAUGAAUCUUAUAACUUACUUGAAACUUGGCGUAGAAGCAUCUCUAGAUUUUACAGCCAUAACAGUGUUAAUAUUUUUAAUGACCGCAAUGCAUUUUGUUAUGCUGGGCAUACAACGCAUAUUUGGGCCAAGAUUAAAUACGAAGACGGAGACAGUUAAAGUGAUUUACCAGAACGGACAUUCGAAUGAAAGCGCACACGUAUCAUCGACAUAUUCCAAUUCCAUGCCGAAGGCGCAAUUGCACACAAGAUUAAUGAAGAACCUGCAGGAAUUCUACAAUUUUAUAGUUUUGCAAUUAAACCGAUGUACAGGAAAAAUCAAUAUCUUGAUACAGUCGAUUAUUGAUUGGAAUCAACGCGGUUUCAAAGUACGCGAGGAGCUCUCCUGUUCCUAUCAACCAUCAAAAAAGAAACGCGAGGACAUCAUUGAUAACUAUGAGGAGUGCCUGAGUAUGUUAUCGGACGAUUUGACGGAUAAUGAUUCUUUCAAUGCAAGGAUGCCAUCAUACGAGAACUAUGAUAAUCGUGAUGUUGACAACUUUUUAGAUAGAAAUAGAUUGAAACAUUCCCAGCGUAGAGUGUAUACGUCUAGAAGCACAACUCCGUCAUCUACGUCAUCUACGUUGAAAGUACCUUGUAUGGGAAUAACGAGAAAUGGCAUACGUUGUCGGCUUCAUCCUUCACCUGGGCAAAACUACUGCCACCGUCACGCUACUGGCACCUCUGUUCUGGAUGACUGAACGAAAUUCGAAUAAAUUAUGUCAAAUGUUAUAAUGAGAGUGAAAGUAACGAUGAGUUCUUCAAUUUUCUACUAACACAAUAAGCAACAUAAUCAAAGGAAGAUUGACGAUAGUAAUAUAUAUAAUAAUUACUAAAAUUUAAUUGGAUAUUUAUUAUAAAUUUGUUUAUUAUAUUAAU